UAGUCUUGUAGGAAAGUUUUCUGCUUUUCAAAUUUUGAAAAAUUUAUUGGAAAGUGGGCAAAGACAAUUUUGGCGGGUAUAUUACAAUUUAUUCAGACUUAAUUGUCUUCAUAAAUACAUUAUCAAAGGCGGGAAAUUCAUUUGAUCUGUUUAAACCGCCGAAGUCACCCGAGCAGAGCAGUGCUGGUUUAAAAAUGGCCGACUUCCUGACAAUUUCCCUUCAGAAAAGUGGAAUAUACUUCCCUCAGCCAGGAUCAAAGCUCUUUUCAGUGAGUAAGCAGAUGAUCAGGCCCGUUCCAAAGCUUGAGGAUGUUUCUGAACAGUUAAACUUGCCGCAGAAGCAAAGAACUUCUGUCAUCGUCUGGUCUUCUCCAACAACACCGACGAACAAAUUCACGCCACCUUCUUCUCCACAAACUCCAACAACUCCAACUGGAACCAUUAUAAGCUAUUCACCGACUUCACCGAAUGUUAUUCCACCAAGAGGAAGACCCAGAGCAGAUGUAGUAAACAUUUUGAUGAAGGAAGGCCAGAAUUCGUAUUCUACGAUCCGAUGCGAUGUGUGUCAUCGAGUUUUCCCGCGCGAAAAGUCUCUGCAAGCUCACAGAAGAACACACAGUGGCGAAAGGCCUUACGUUUGUGAUUUCCCGAACUGUGGUAAAGCCUUUGUCCAAAGUGGCCAGUUGAAGACUCAUCAAAGGCUGCACACAGGCGAAAAACCAUUCGCUUGUUCCGCUCAAGGUUGUACAACUCGAUUUACACAUGCUAACCGCCAUUGCAGCAUUCACCCGUACGCAAGCCUGAAACGUAUCUUCACCGAUAUUCCUCUGAAAGAAAUCUUGAAAAACGAGAAUUCCGAGCCUAAUGAAUACAAAGCGGCUGUUUUACAAUGGCUGGCCAACUACGAGCUCGAUAAAGAGGAAAGAAAUCCUGCAAAGAUUCAAGAGAAAGUCAUGAAGCGGAAGGUGGAAAAGGAAAUCGCGAGGCAGCAAGUUGUUGAAAGAAAGAAAUCGAGAAUUGAGGCAAGAAAACGAAUGGCUGAGGCGAAAGAAAGAUGGUAUGGAGCUAUGGCGCUCGUGGAACUCGCUGAUACUCAAUUUAACUAUAAUUAACCAGACACAAAUCCAAUUUUCAAACUUUGGUGUCCAUUUCACUUUGUGAAAUAAACAACAUUUUGGCGCGCAAAGUUUAAAUGGCUUUUAUGUCAUUGUACAGUGUUGCAAUGUAUUAGUCUCCGAUCUCUUUUUUCUAACACUCUGUGUGAAUCGUGUUCUAGUCAACAUAAAGCCGAUAGGUUUUACCUCUUUGGAAAAAAACAUUAGCUAGUUUUAGAACUAACGCCUCGUGGAAAAGUACUUUCGGUAUGUAAAUUAGUAGUAUUUAUUAAUUAGUGAUAAAUCCCAUCAUGAUAACAAGUGUAUAACUCGUAACUUGCCGAAAGAAUUAGUUGUACAUAGGGAAAAAGCAUCGCACUUUUAGAUGAGAUUUACGCAAAUAUAUUUGGUUUGUAUAGUUCGUAAAAUUUCCAAAAAUUAUCCACAUUCAGUCAUUCUUACACAAAAUUUGAAGUGCUUGCUAUAGAAAACUAAGUUCCUCUAGGCGUAGAUUAUGGUGUAUUCAGUUGAGUGUGUUUUCUAAAACUCUUACAAGGAUACAGUUCUUUAACAACAGUGCAAUGAAUUGAAAGUUAAAAAUCAGGGUUGUCUUUUAGUGACUUAAAGUUUAUUCACAAUAAAAAAAAAAGUUUUAGUAGUAUA